UGACGGCGAUCGCGGCGUGUCUCCCAAUUAGAAGCAGAGUGGCGAGCAAGGUAACCGAACCACUAAGGACCCAUGAAGCAGUUGUACGGAGGCAGGCAACAACAACACCACCCAGAAUCGAAACCAGAGCGGCUACUCUGGCGGCUGUCAAUCCCUUCAUCUCUCUGGUUCCUCCGCAUCACCACCACCGUCACUGCUUCCGCCGCCGCCUCACCCCCAACCACCUCACCGCUUCCUCCGCCUCCGCCUCCGCCUCCAACUACCACAGCACCUCCUUCGCCACACAUUCUGGGUUCCAAUUUCGGGACGUGUAGCACUAAGGUCUGCUCCCCUCAGUACCCAUUCACAGAAUCUUGGUCCAAAUACCCAUGGUCCAAAUACGCUAUGCCACUAAUUCUUGUAGGAUGUAUGGUUGUACUCUACAAGUGGUUUCCCGGUACAUUCCGGUUUCUGGCCUGUUUUGAGCUAUUCAGCAUAUUCGACGGUCAUGGUGGCGCUGCUGAUACCGGAGGAGGGGCGGCAACCGUUUGGGGACUGACAGCCGCCGGAGUAGCCGCUCUGGUUUCGAUUCUGGGUGGUGUUGUUGUUGCCUGCCUCUGCACAACUGCUUCAUGGGUCCUUAGUGGUUCGGUUACCUUGCUUGCCACUCUGCUUCUAAUUGGGAGACACGCCGCGAUCGCUGUCAGAGCGAGCGGAGCCGUCGUGGCCAGAGGAGUCUUUGGAGUUGGCAGUGCCAUCGGAUAUGUUGUCGUGGGCAGAGCCAUCGGACAGGGCGGAGCCUUCGUGGGCAGAGCCAUCGGACAGGGCGGAGCUGUCGUGAGAAGGGGCGGAGCCGUCGUGUGCAGAGCCAUCGUCCGACCGGCCAGAGCCGUCUUCGGCAGAGGCGACACAGCGAAGCCACAGCCACCGCAGAGGGUUGGCCUUCAACACUUACUAUAGGUUUCGAGGAUUGAUGUAAUAGAUUGAAGAAUUGAUGUAAAUAGACUGAAGAAUAUUGAAGAAUUGAUGUAAUAGACUGAAGAAUUGAUCAGUUUUGUUUGCUGGGCUCGUUGUAAUGAGCAAUUUUGUUUGGCGGGUUGGAUUGCAUCGAUCUUGUUGUGAAAUUUUGGAACUGAUAUAAAUAAAAAGCAUAGUUACCAUACAUGUGUUUUUAACUCUCCCAAGCUGAAAAUUUACUCCCAAAACCCACCCUGUCCUCUUCUUUCUCUAUAAAACAUUAAAACCUCAACAAAGUCUCUCCCUCUCUGCAUUUUGUUUCUGGGUUUUCGAAUUCAGGGUUCCCCAUUUCUUGAGGGUUGAGGCUGAGGAGCGGCCUGAGAUAUCUGCUGCGCUGUUUUUUUGGCUUUGCCAAGGUGUUGCUUAUUGCUGCUGGAAGUUUCUGUGUUGGUGGUCCUAGUUUUAUUUGCAGUUAGCUCGAUUCUUGGCUCAUCCAAACAGUUCCUAAAUUUUCUGCGCUAUGGAGUGUUCUGCAUCUGUUUGGAUUUUCAACAGACAAAAAGAUCAGUUAAGAGUACUGGUCUGAUUUCUAAGGUCUGGAUUACUGCCUUUUGCAUUCUUGCUGCUUUGUAUAUGUAAUUAUGCGGAGGGAGUCUUCAACAUCAGUGAAUCAGCUUUGUUGUUAAAGCUGGAUAGCUGGAGGAUCCUGAACCAAAGUAGAAGAAGACUAACUGCAUAGUUCUCUUUUACCAGUCUUGCUGAAUUGUUCAGUGAGUUACUUUCAUUCUCUUGCAAUUGCUUACAUUUGUUCUUUCCAUACAAGAAGGAAAUUAUACCUCUAAGCUGAACAAACAUUUGAAUGAUUAAGGAAAUGAACUGGAAGCUGAGAUUUUCUGCUUCUUUGCUUGAAAUUAUGUUCCAGCCAACCAUUUAAUAGGUUCAGAAAUUUCAAAAAUUUCAACAUUUUCUUUGUUCGUUUAAUUAAGAAAUCUGUACUUAUAGCAUUGUGGUUGGUGGGAAUGUGGGUUGUUUAGCUGUGGUCUUCAUGGGGUGAGAUUGGUGCCAUGGGUAUGUUUUAAAGAGAGCUGCAAGAAUUGUACUGGUUGGGUGUUGAGCUUCAUUUUUGUUAAUAUUCUGAAUCUAAACUACAUCAAACUCUUAAUCCUAUGUACUUCAAUCAAAUACUGGAAUCACUAGGUCAUUCGUCUGUAUGAACCGCUUAACCAUAGUUCACUCUCGAAUUCACAAGCAUUGUAUAUAUUGUCAUACAAAUGGAAGCUUAAUACAAAUGAAGCAGUUGCUUAUGUCUGUUUUGUUUUUGCUCCGACAUAUGCAUGACUAUCAAUGAUACACAGGCUGAAAAGGUAUCCACUUUUAUUUCUUUGUUCAUAUCUCAGAUAAACUGAACAUUUAACAAUAAUCACGAUACUCAGGCAGAUUAGAAAAACCAAAUAUUUGAGUAUGUAACCUUUUCUGAAUAAGCUUUCGUUUGCUUCAAGUAGGGUUCUGUUUUGAUUUAUUUUAUAGGCUACUGUAAUCUGCUCCUUUUGAAAAAAAAAAAAAAAACAAAACAAAAGAUUGUUUGUAUCUCGGUUUGACAAACGAGUUCUAUAUUCUUACAUUCCGCAGUCUCUGUGAGUCUCUAUUCACAAGUCGUAGGAAGUCUUCAACAGAAAAGACUGCCUUAUUCAGUCUCUCGUGAAAUGACCCAUCUUUUCCAAUUUUUUCCAGUCUCCAAACCUCAUCAGUUAGCACAGCACGAAGCUCUAACCCAAGCUCUAGCCAAGAAAAAAAACAACCCCCCCUGCUGCAGCCUGUUUGCACGCCCCGAAACCUCUUGAUCUAGACCUCAGAUCAAAAUCUUUCCUUCAUCAAAGUUGUUCAUCUCUGCCUCUUCUAUCUGUCCUUCAAAUUUCAGCUCUAUCGGAAUUGUUUUGAGACCUGUACACCAUUCGAAGUGGGAGCUGUUCAGAAGAGGCGAAUAGCUCUUGGAUUGGCUGAGAAGACAACCUUCUCAGUUCUGCACACAUAAGCUGAAGAUUCAUCCAUCCGUCGUCAAAGAAUGUCAAAUCUCAACAAGCUUGACUUUGUUGCUUUGGAAGUUUCCGGAAGGAACUACCUCAAAUGGACCCAGGAUGUCAAGCUCCAUUUGACUGCAAAUAAGAUGAGAUCAACGAUUAAUGCUGACAACAUCGCCCCUGAAGAUAUGAAGGCAAGAGCUAUGAUUUUCAUCAGGAAACAUAUGGAGGAAGCACUCAAGGUGGAAUAUUUAGCUGAAGAGGACCCACGGUCCCUGUGGGUUGCUCUAGAAGAGCGAUUCAACCAUCAGAGGACUAUCUACUUGCCAGAAGCAAGGCACGACUGGCAGAACAUACGUUUCCAGGAUUUCAAGACUGUAAAUGAGUAUAACUCUGAAAUCUGCAGGAUUCGGUCACUCCUAAAAUUCUGUGGAGAAGAGCUCACAGAAGCUGAUCUAUUGGAGAAAACUUUCUCCACCUUCCCUCCUUCCUGUAUGGUCCUGCAGCAACAAUACAGGGAGAGAAACUUUGCUAGAUUCUCAGAAUUGGUCACCGUCCUGUUGCUCGCUGAAAAGAACAACGACCUACUUUUGAGGAAUGAUCAAGCAAGGCCCACCGGUACCAGAGCAGUUCCUUUGCCUAAAGCAAAUGCUAUUGCCCAUCGCGAAAAUAAUCGCGCAAGGAGAAACCGGGGUCGUGGAAGGGGAAGGAGGCCUGAACGUCCGAGACAUGGAAGGAGAAAUGGGCCCAGAAAUGCCCCAUAUGACCGUGACCACCAAGGUAAUCGCCCAAGGGGUCGAGGAGGACGUGGACAAGGCCCACGUGGUGGAAACAGAAAUGCCCAGGUCCAACAAGCUCAAAUUAGAGAGAAUGUUGGCCCGGCCCGUCACCCUCAGAAUCAGCAUAAUCUAUGUUAUAGAUGUGGAGGCACUGACCAUUGGUCUCGCACCUGCCGUGCAACAAAUGAAGAGAUAGGAGAGUAUCACGCCAGACGCGGAACUCGAGAGGCCAACCUUGUGGAAGGGUCAGUUCCUAUGGAUACCACCUUGGAGAUUACUGAUUUCCAAGCAGCUAAUGGGUACAUCGAGGAUUGAAAACUAGAGAACAUGGACAUAGUAGGCACUUGUGCCAUAUCUAUAUUAUUGUUAUGAAUAAUAGUUUAUAUUUCCUUUGGAUUAUCUUUGGUGAUUUUUGGGAUAUUGGUUUUAUAAUUUGGUUAUGCUUGGAUGUUUAAUUCAAUAAAGUUAUUUAUUUUCAUACA